CCUUCUACAAAACUUGUCGCUCCCAAUGGCCAUGCUUUCAGCACAUUUCUUCUCCCUGUUUCUCCUGUUGGUGGUCAUGGGGGUUACCGGUAGUGGUGAUCCGAUACUAUCAUGUAGCCAAACACCUUACCCUCAGGUCUGCAGUUCAAUGGUCAGCGGUGUCCCUCUCUUCGCGCAAUCCGAAACCCAGUCAGGUUUUCGUGACCUACUCCUCCAGACCACCUUGGACCGCACCCUGCUCGCCCACAAGCAUGCAUCAGCCAUGAACCUCGCGCCGCUCGAUGAGCCGGCCAAGGCCGCGUGGGCUGAUUGCUUGGAGCUGUUUGAGGACACCAUCGGCCAUCUCAACCGCUCCCUGGGACACUCUUCGUCUGCCGAAGAUGCUCAAACGUGGCUGAGUGCCGCGAUGGCUAACCAACAGACGUGCAAAAAUGGCUUCGCCGAGCUGGGAACUUCGUUCCUCUUCACAUCCUCACUUUUCAUGGCCAACAACAUAUCGGAGUCGCUUAGCAACUCGCUUGCCGUCAACAACGCGAUGCCACGGGGCAAGGCACCGGGCAAUCGCCGUUUGCUCUCCCAGGGGUUCCCAGGGUGGGUGAAAGCGGCGGAUCGCAAGCUUCUUCAGUCGUCGAGCUCGACGAUAAAAGCCAAUCUGGUAGUGGCUAAAGAUGGUUCCGGCGACUACAAGACCAUCUCAGAAGCUGUCGCGGCUUCUGCAAAGCUAAGGAGUGGAACGUCAAGGUUCGUGAUCCUUGUGAAAUCUGGUAUAUACAACGAGAACGUAGUGAUCACCAACUCCAUGAAGAACAUAAUGAUGAUUGGAGACGGAAUGGAUGCCACCGUAGUCACAGGUAGCAAGAACGUUCAAGAUGGCUCCACAACGUUCCGCUCUGCUACUUUCGCUGUCUCCGGUGGCGGUUUCAUAGCACGGGACAUGACCUUCCAGAACACGGCAGGACCCCAGAAACAUCAGGCGGUCGCACUCCGUUCGGGGUCGGACCUCUCAGUGUUCUACCGCUGCAGCUUCAAAGGCUACCAAGACACUCUCUACGUGUACUCACAGCGACAAUUCUACCGCAAUUGUGACAUAUACGGCACCGUCGACUUCAUCUUCGGCGACGCCGUCGUUGUAUUCCAGAGCUGCAACAUUUACGUGCGGAAGCCAAUGAGCGGCCAGCAGAACACCGUCACUGCCCAAGGCCGAACCGACCACAACGAGAACACCGGCAUAUCGAUUCAUAAUUCUAUAGUGACUGCGGCAUCGGACCUCAGGCCAGUGCAGGGCUCGUUCAAGACAUAUCUCGGCAGGCCGUGGCAGAAGUACUCCAGGACAGUUUUCAUGAAGACAUCGCUGGACAGCCUAAUUAAUCCGGCCGGGUGGCUGGAGUGGAGCGGGAGCUUUGGUUUGAGUACCUUGUAUUAUGCGGAGUACAUGAACACGGGUGCAGGCGCUGACACCAGCAAGCGGGUGAAUUGGCCAGGCUACCAUGUCAUAGCGAGUUCGUCAGAAGCCAGCAAAUUCACCGUGGGAGGCUUCUUGUCCGGUGACUCGUGGAUUCCGGCCACUGGGGUCCCUUUCAGUUUCGGCCUCUGAUAGACACACCUUAAAUUGUUCAUUGAAUGAUUCGGCAAGUCAAUAUGUAAGAAGGUAUACCUACCGAUGUGUAGUCGUCUGUUCCUGGACAGGCAUAUAGCUUACUUUUUCUUAAGUCAAAUUGUACUAGUUUUGGUUUUCACUGUAAUUCUUAAUGUAACCUUAUUUAAUGGAAGUGAUUGGCUAGACUUAGAUC